UAAAAGUCAAAAUUAUUAUGACGUUUUCUUUUUCAUACUCGAAAAGAAGUGACGAAUAAGUGUUUAUUUGCUAAAUAAUCUGAAAAUAUGGCUGCUGAAAUAAAGCCUGCUCCUAGAACACCUAAUGAUAGGUUUUCUACCACGAAAAAACCAGCUCUAUUAAGCAAAUUGGAAGGGUGUACUGAUGAUGUUAAUGCUGCAGUUGUGAUUCCUGGAGAAGAUGGAGUUAUAAGCGUUUGUGAUGAUAAGACAGUGAGAGUGUGGCUUAAGAGGGAUUCAGGUCAGUACUGGCCCAGCAUCUGUCAAUACAUGCCUUCAGGAUGCACAUCCAUGUUUUACACUCCUGAAACCCGUCAGUUAUUUAUUGGACAAGAAAACGGCACUAUAUCAGAAUUUACAUUAGCAUCGGAUUGCAAUAGAAUAAAUCCUACUCGUGAAUAUCUAGCUCAUACGGCACGUGUAACAGCGGUGGUGUUCUCCUUGAGCUGCGAAUGGGUUCUGUCAGUGAGUCGGGACAAAAUGUUCUCGUAUCAUUGCAGUGAGACCGGCCGAAGGAUCGGUGGUUACUCAUUUGAAGCUUGGUGUACAGCUUUACAGUUCGAUUCCCAAUCGAAGUACGCGUUCGUCGGCGAUUACAGCGGCCAAAUAACAAUGUUGAAAUUAGAUAACAACGGCGCCACAUUAGUCACCACGCUCAAAGGGCACACCGGCUCCGUCCGCGUUUUGAACUGGGCCCCCCUGCCGCAGCUUCUCUUCAGUGGUUCUUUUGAUCAGACCAUCAUUGUAUGGGACAUCGGAGGCCAGAAAGGAACGGCCUACGAGCUUCAAGGUCACAGUAACAAAGUGACGGGUCUGUGGUAUGUGGGCGGUUGUCAGCGCCUGGUGUCGUGCGGCGAGGACGGCGCCCUAGGAGUGUGGGAGAUGUCCGUCCAGCGUAGAGAGACCCCCGCCUGGCUGGACUCGGACCUCUGCCAGCUGUGCCGCGCGCCCUUCAUAUGGAACGUCAGAGCUAUGAUGGAGAAGAAACAGCUUGGUCUGAGGCAGCAUCACUGUCGUUGGUGCGGCGCGGCCGUGUGUGGGUCGUGCUCCCCUCACCGCCUCCCGCUGCCGGUCAUGGGGUUCGAGUUCCCGCAGCGAGUCUGCACCGCCUGCUACGACACGCUGCGGCAUGAACCGCGCGAGUCGCUCGCCUCGUUCCACGAUAUGAAGCACGCGGUCACGUCCCUGUUCGUGGACGAGGCGACCUCCCUCAUGUGUACCGCAGGGAAAGACAGGGUCCUCAAGGUGUGGGAUAUAAGCGUUCUGCUCGCUCCAACGCCGAAGGCCGGCACCAGUGAUCAAUAACGACCUUACGACAUGGUGUGUAAAGUCGAGAUUCGCUCAUCAAAACCGAUUCCAACGAACGUCAUAAGGGACAGAGGCAUCACUAUAGAUAGAUAUAUAAAGUAAUUUAUUUUUUAAGUUUAAAAUUUUAUCAUAAAUAUUAGUCAAUAUAUUUUGUGUCUAAGUUUCAUUGUUUGCUUAUGUACGAACGUGUGACUUCAGCUCUAUAUAUAAAUGUUAUAGAUUAUUUUUCUUUGCAUUUCUAUCAAUUAAUCUGUUAAUCAAAUACCAUAUGUAUGGAAACCUUUAGAAGAAAUUGUUAGUGGUCGAACGAAAUUGUACUUUAUCUGGUUAUAUUAAGACUGAAUCUCUCGUCACUCGGCUGGUGUAGACUAGACGUUCGAAAGAGAUUUAAUUGAUGUCUGAUAUCCGUUUUAUAUGUGAAGUGGUUGUUGUAUACAGGGUGUGGUGAAUGCUAACUCUUAUUCACACACCCUGUAUAGUAUUAACAAUAUUGAAUGUAUAUGUUGUAGUUAAAAAUAUAUAUGUUAAUGUGUUCAUGCGCGCCAUUUGUUGUGUCGGUGACACGUCCGAGACCAAAAAAAAAAUUAUAUGGUCUCAUUUAAAGACUAACUGAAUAAGGAUUCGACGUCUCAUUAUAAAUUAUUAGGAAUGAACAAUGAAUUAUAGGUCAAAACUAUAAGUAUUCAUUUCUACGAAAGCUUCUUAUUUUGUCGUCACAUGUAUUAUACGAGAAAUAUUUUAAAAUUAUCAUACUUAUAGCAGCUUCUAUAUAAUUCUGUCCUGUAUAAAAACACACGUAUUUAUUAUCAAUUUAAAUCAGAUACACAGAUAAAAUUCGGUGUUAUGUAUAUUUAAAUUAAUAUCCGCUACGGACCAACUGGUUAAUUAAAGACACAAAAAAUAUAUUCCAAAUCGCGGACCCGGAAGCUAAUUUAGUAUUAAUUUAUAGCGACAUGAUUGUAACUGUAAGGCGAGUUUAUGUCUACGUUAUACGUUAUUAUAUCGAUAGAGUUAUUUUAAAAUUGAGAAAACACUUCGAUGUCCUGAACAUAGCCUUAUUUGAUCGAAUAAAAAAAUCUAUAUGUCAUUGAAUGUACUUCAGGCUUUAUGCCAAUGUCACUGUAACCAAUCAAAGGUAUCCAAUAAAAGAACUAUAUAUAUGUUUAUAUAUAUUAACAUCUGUUUAUAACUAGAAACUUAUUGUAUAUUAAGUCUAGAUAUUUUUUAUUAAAUACUAUAUGAACACUAUUUUGUAUGUGAUCAGUCUUGGCUGGUUCUGUUUUGUUAUUUAUAUGAAAAAUUACAUGUGCUAAUGUUGUUUGCGCCGGCUCGUGAUAUGGCUGGAUGUUUAUUUCUUGAAGGUCCGGAUGUAAGGUUAUUAUAUCGUAUAUUUUUUAUUCACAGAGCUUAUUUGUGUUUGUAAAAUAACACUGUAUGAUAAAAGUCACUGUGUAAUUACUAGAUGUAUAUGUCGCUUAAAUGUUUUUAUGCAAAUAAAUGAUUAACUAAAAACUAA